CCUUCCUUACACCAGUCAUACCAUGGACGUCUGCUAGUAAACGUCAGAAAGAGAGAUAAAAGAGAGACAAGAAGAAAAGAAACCCUCUGCUUCCAGUGGCGGUUUUUUUUGCAAUGGCUCACUCCACGAUGAAUGGACAUCACCCUUUGAACAAGAUGGUGUACAAAUUGGUCUUGACGGGAGGUCCGUGUGGAGGCAAGACGACGGGCCAGUCCAGACUCUGCACCUUCUUUGAGAACCUUGGGUGGAAGGUGUACCGAGUUCCAGAGACAGCCACUCUUUUGUUAAGUGGAGGCAUAAAGUUCAGUGAUUUAUCAGAGGACGAUGCUGUGGUCUUUCAAGAAAACCUCCUAAAGUCCAUGAUGCAGAUUGAGAACACCUUCUUCUCGCUGGCUGAGUCCUGCUCAAAGAACUGCCUCGUUAUCUGUGACCGCGGCACAAUGGACGCCUCUGCUUUUAUACCUCAAGAACGCUGGGAGGAGAUCAUGAAGAAGAAUGGAUGGAACCCAGUGGACCUGCGAGACACUCGUUACAACCAAAUCCUUCACAUGGUUUCUGCUGCUAAUGGUGCUGAAGCUUUCUAUAGUACUGAGGACCAUGCUUGUAGGAGUGAGAAUAUGGAUCUUGCCCAGAGACUGGAUAACAAGGCUGCUGAGGCUUGGGUUGGACAUCCCUAUUUUGAUGUCAUUGACAACUCAACAGAUUUUGACACUAAGAUGCGUCGAAUGAUAAGUGUGGUUUGUCAGAAGCUUGGUGUAGACACAGGUGACAGAUUGAAGACCAAUGCCCGCAAACUUAAAUUCCUCGUCAAGGGACCAUUGCCUGAUGAUGGUCUUUUCCCAACCUUCCAGGACUUCAGUGUCGAGCAUAUAUAUCUUCGCACAAACUCUCGGAAGAUGCAGGCUCGGCUCAGAAAACGAGGCAAAAAUGGCCAUCACAGUUACACACAUACUAUUCGCAAGCCAGAACAGUUGGGGCAGAUUGUAGAGGUUAAGACAGCUAUUAGCCAACGAGACUGGAACAACAUGUCAGCUCAAGCAGAUGAACACCACUACCCCAUUUACAAGAUCCGUCGGUGCUUCCUUCACAACAACCAGUAUUUCCAGCUUGACAUUUACCAGAAGCCUUGCCACCAAAGGUGUGAAGGCCUUAUCCUGUUGGAGACCUACUCCACCCUCCCCUCAGAGGAACUGCAGCGCCGUCUGCCGUCAUUCCUCAACAUUGAAGCCGAAGUAACUGGCAGACCAGACUACUCGAUGUUCAACCUAAGUCUCCGUGAUGAAUGGGGUGUUACCAACAAGUUCUGUGUCAACAUCGCAGAGGAGGAUGACGUGAGUGCCUGUGGCUCGUGUCCAGGCUCGGGACUGGACAUGCACCUCCACAAAGCGAGACCAUUGGCCGCCACCACCAAGCUCUCUUUCUCGCAUCAGGCCAAUCUAGACUCUGCGGGCAAGUUCACAUCGCUGUCCCCUCCCCCCUCGGAAAUGGUGAACAAUAAUAGAAAAGACAUUAUCUUGACAUCGGAUCUUAUGAUCAAGAGUGUUGAAGAGGCUCAUGACAGUUUUAUCACCAAUGGGAUGGAGGUGGACUCUCCCAUUAACAUAAUCAAUGGACCAGUGAAGGUAACAAAUGGGUUCUUCCCAGAGCACUGACCAUGGGGUGAUGAUUGUUUUUUCACCCUUUUAAAGAGUUUGAGGUUCAGUCCAUUAUUGGGCAUAUUAAAGAGCAAUUAUUUAUUCUGUUUCCUUUCUCACUUUUCUUUUUCUUUUUUUUUAUUUUGUACUGACUAAACAAAGACUAAACAAAGAAAGUGCAUCUGACAUUUCAGAUGAGGAAGGAAACUUUAGGUAUUAAUAUAUAUUAAGGACAGAUAGUGACAUUUUUUCUCUUUUUUUGUAUUUAACCAUUCACGAGCAUUGGAAUUCCACAGAGCAGAAAUGAAACACUGAACAUUUUUCAAAUCAUUUACAAAUUUUUGGUGAAAUAUGUUUUAUGCAGUGUAACAUUGUCUGCAUAACCACAGUUUACCAGUGAAGAAGGAUAAGAUACUUUAAGUUAUAUAUAUACACAAAAUUUUUCUUGUAUUUCUUGCCAAUGCUUAUUCCAUACAGAAAUAUAAAGUCUGCAAUAAAAAAAAAAAAAAAAUGGUCUUUGUAAACACAGGAAACUGCAUUAAUUGAUGGGAAAAUGGGAAAAUGUGCAGUGAUAUGACAGACACAGGUAUUAUGAACAUGCUGGAGCAUUUAUACAAGUUCCUGUAAUUUACAGAAAUGAAAUAUACAUAGAAAAAUGUUGAAAAUAAGAAACUAGUGCCAGUAAAGGGAUUUUCCUACUAACCCAUCUAAGAAGUUAAAGGUGUGAUAUUUAUAUUUUACAGGCAACCUAAGAGGAGAUGAAAAAGAGAGGUUAUGUUGCUGUAUUAUGUGCCUUACCAGUCCUAAGAGUAGAAAUAAUGAGUAUGUAUAGAUUACUAUAAACAGGUAAUUAAAAGAGUCAUGAGUUAACAGGAUCUUUCCAAAAUUUGAUGUAUUGAUCUGAAUGACAGGAAGAGAUGUAUCAAGUUAUCUAGGUGCAUUUUGAGCACAGUUUAGUUAUUAUUAGUGCCCUACUGACUAUAGUUUUCAUCAAACUUGACAUGUAAUUGUGAGUGCAUUUGAAAUUACGGGUAGCUUCUUCAAAUGAGAUUUUAUGUAAAUAUGUACAUUGUUUAAUGCCAUAAAAGAUGCUAUGUUAUCCUGGUUAGGCUUUUUCUUUAUAAGAAAAUUGAAGUAGAAAUAUCAUAAAAGUGAAAGGAAUCAUUUGCAAGUAAUAAGUGAAAUUUGCUUUCAUGAUUGAUAGAUUAGAGCACCAAAAUGACAGUUACAGUGGCAUUAGUAGAAUAAGAGAUUAUAUGCCAUCUCCUCAGAGGUGAGGGCCAGCCAUAAUUUUCUUAUGUGAUAUGACUGCUCAUUAGGUAGAUUUUAAAUUGACUAAAGAAAUUCAUUCUCAGAGGAUGAGGAUGUUGUAAAUAAUUUUUAAUGGAUAGAUUUUUUUUUUUACUUGGUUAAAUAUCCAUGAGAUUAAGUAGCUUUAUUUAUGCUCUCACAAUUCUUUAGCACAUAUGUGUGUGACUUAAAUAUUUUGAAACUAUAACAAAACCUGGAGAAUUACUUGGUUUAUUUUGGUUUUCUGUAAAGAUCUACAGAGGAUGGUCGUUUUCUGUAAAGUCUAGAGAAUGGUUGUUUUCUGUAAGGAAUUACAGAGAUUAUUUUUUUCUGUAAAGAACUACUAUGGUUUUAUUGUGAUUUAACCUAUAGAGAUGAGAUAUAUCAUGUUCCAAAGGUUUCUUCCAAAUAGAUGUUUUUCCUCAAAGGAAUACACUGUUUAUUUACAACCGUGGAAGUUGUAUAAAACUGUAACAACAGAGCUUCAAUGACUAAAGUUCACAUUACAGUUAGUCUUGUCGCUUUACCCAUUCUCUUGAUAUCUCUUUUUGCAAAAAAAUUAAGUGUAUGGUCCUGUUUUAACUCAUGUAUUUUGAAAACCUUUAACUGGAUUAAAGGUUGGAUUAAAAGAAAUGACUUCAGAGCAUUUACAGACUACAAGGCAGAUACAGUAUUAAAAUUUAUGAUUAAAAGGAUCUGAUGAAACUAAUCCAAGAUGGAAAUCCAUGAAGAUCCAAAGGCAAAAAAGAAAAUAAAGAUUUUCUUUUUUAUAUUUUACUUUACUUUGAAAAUAACAUUGUAGAACUCAGUGAAAGAACAACCAGGAUCUGCUUUUAAGUCCUUUGUUGAGGUGUAGAUAUUUAUUUAAUGUUUUAUAUGAAGUUUGUGAUAGAAAAUAUCUGCAUUGGGAUUAAUUGGUCUUUUAUCCAAAACCUUUAGAGAGAAGAGUGCAUUUGAUACCUUUUUUUAUUUCCUUUCUAAGAUUUUUUUUUUUAUAAAGGCCUAAAAGCAUUAGUACUCAAUUUGAACAUCAGCUCUUUUUUUUUUUUACAAACAGUUAUUGUCAUUACAAAAAAAUAAAAGAAAAGCGUCAGUUACAAUGAGUAUUAUAUAAUCUCAUUCUAUAUAUGUAUAUAGAUAUAGGUUGUGCAUUUUAUUUAAGUUAUUUGAUAAUGAUUUUUUUUUCUACAAUUUCAUCUGAUUAGUUAUGAGGUUUUGAUUUGGUAUACUGGUCUUAUUAGCUGUUAAUAAAUAGAUACAUAAAAAUCAUAUGUAUUAGUAAAACAAUUUUCAUUAUCAUAUCAUUUUUAUAGUAAAUUAUUAUUACUAAUUUCAUUAUUAUUUUUGUUAUUAUUAUUAUUAUUAUUAAUAUCACUAUUAUCAUCAUCAUCAUUAUGACUAAUGACUGUUGCUCUUGUCCAGUAUUUGGGUCAAUUGUUAGCCUAAUAUAAGCUCAAUGUCACAAAUAACAUGCAGGACAAUAGUGUUGUUCAUUACAUGUUUAUAAAAAAAAAAUAUGAUUAUAAACUGUAUUGAUUAUUAUGAUGAUUAUUAAGGAUCAUUGCUAUUAGUCUUAUUAUUAUUGUAAUUUGUUACUUUAUUAUUAUUAUUAUUAUUAUUAUUAUUAUUAUUAUUAUUAUUAUAAUUAUCAUCAUCAUUAUCAUAGAAUCAUUAUUCAGUAUUGUAUAUUUCAGUAGCAUCAGUAUUGAUAUUUUCUUGAUAAAUAUCUAGAUACAUAUAUACAUAUUAUAUAUAUAUAUAUAUACUGUAUAUAUAUGAUAUACGACUUAGCCACAUUUUUAGUAUGACAACGUCUGUGUUAUAGUAAAUGACAAAGUUUAGACUGAGGAAUUUUUAUGUUGUAUAUUAGGUCUGAUCCUUGAUUGAGUGAGUAAUUUAUGGUUUUAUGAGAACUGUAUACCUUUCAGUAAAAUUUUUUAGUAGUGUAUGUAUAUUCUGAUAAAUUAAAUGUGAAGUUUGUUUCA